AGGUGAGGAAAGCAGACAGAUGCUUUUGGGUGCCCCAUGGCUGCAGCUGCCUCAGUUCAUUCAUUUGUUGCCUGUUGUAAUUCAGAAGCAUUCUUUAGGUCGGUUCAGCUUCUGGGACCCAUCCCUGCCUUCUGGUUAAGGAAUCCAUGCACACACACGGGAUGACUCAAGAGUGGGAUGGAUGUUCAGAUCCCACAAAGGUGCUGGUAACUUGACAGGAACCUCCACAUUCUUUGGAGAGAUCUGCUGUACGUGAGACCUUUCAGGAAACUCUGCAGUUUGAAUACAUUGGAUUGUUCCAGUCCCUGAAACUUUCAUGAUGAAAAGAGCCAGGCAGAAAACUGUGGUUGGAAAUGAAGCUCCUCAAACAUCACAGACAAGCAAAAAACCAAAAACUAGUUCCUAUGGUGCAGUGUUUGGUCAGUCUGACCUGCACACCUCGAUGGACUGGGGCAACCUUCCACACCAUGUGAUCCUGCAUGUUUUUCAGUUUCUGCCUUUGCUUGAUCGUGCCAGAGCAUCUUCUGUGUGUCGAAGGUGGAACGAAGUUUUUCACAUCCCAGAUCUCUGGAGGAGAUUUGAGUUUGAACUCAGCCAGCCAGCUGCUUCUUACUUAAAGUCUACACACCCAGACCUCAUUCAGCAGAUUAUCAAGAGGCAUGGGGAACACCUGCAGUAUGUCAGCUUCAAGGUUGAUAGUAGUACUGAGUCAGCAGAAGCAGCCUGUGACAUCCUUUCUCAGUUGGUGAACUGUUCUAUCAAGACACUGGGUUUGAUCUCUACAGCAAAACCAAGUUUCAUGAAUGUCUCCAAGGCUCAUUUUUCUUCAGCACUGACAGUAGUUUUUGUAAACUCUAAGUCAUUAUCAUCAAUCAAGGUAGACGACACGCCACUUGAUGAUCCUUCCUUGAAGGUUCUUGUUGCUAACAACAGUGAUACUCUGAAACUCUUAAAAAUGAGCAGCUGUCCUCAUGUUUCAUCUGAUGGCAUUCUCUGUGUUGCUGAUCAUUGUCAUGGACUUAAGGAGCUGGCUUUGAACUACUUUGUACUGAGUGAUGAACUGCUGCUGGCUCUUUCGAGCGAAAAACACGUUAAUCUCGAGCACCUUCGCAUAGACGUUGUGAGUGAAAACCCUGGACAAGUGGAAUUUCAUACCAUUAAGAAGCAGAGUUGGGAUGCUCUUGUUAAACACUCCCCCAAAGUCAACAUUGUGAUGUAUUUCUUCUUAUAUGAAGAUGAAUUUGAUGCUUUCUUCGGAGAGGAAACGCCUGUUACACACCUCUACUUCGGUCGUGCAGUGAGCAAAGCGAUGUUGGGUCGUAUUGGCAUGAAUUGCCCCAGGCUGAUUGAGCUGGUUGUGUGUGCUAAUGGACUUCAGCCUUUGGAUGAGGAACUCAUGCAGAUUGCUAAACGCUGUAAGAACUUGACAGCCAUGGGACUUGGGGAAUGUGAAGUCACCUGCAGAGGGUUUAUUGAGUUUGUAAAGAUGUGUGGGGGCAGGCUGACCCAGCUUUCCAUAAUGGAGGAGGUACUGAUUCCAGAUAGUGAUUGUACCUUAGAUCAGCUUCCUUUGGAAGUCUCCAAACACCUUGGAAGAAUGUGGUUUCCUGAUAUGAUGCCAAUGUGGUAAACUCUCUCUCCAUUUGUGGAUAAAAUGGUAGAAUUGGGGUGUUGCUUUCUAUGCAAUAA